AUGCAUGCAAGAAAAUCAACCGGAGGAUCUGUCCCAGAAACUUUUUCUGUCCAGGGUAGAGAGGGCUCGUCCUAUGUUCAUAAUGCGAUUGCAAAUAUUGUCACCAGAAUCUUGAGUGAAGGGCACAAGGUUGAAGGAAUUUCUGUUCCUCUAGCCCAAAUGCCUGCUUCCGAUGAUGAUCAAGGUGAGCAAGAUGAUGCCAGCAAAGAUUCUGAUAAAAAUGAUGAGACAUCUGCUGAUAAAAAUGAUGAGACUCCUGUUGUUGCUAAAGAUGUUGAGACAUCUAAAGAUGAAAACCCUAAUGUACAUGAUGUGGUGGACCUAGAUGAACUUGAUGAUCCUAUUGAUAUUGCUGAUGAUGACCUCAUCUCCAGCAUCUCCAACAGGGUCAAGGCUCGUAAGGGAAAACAAGUUUGUGAACAACAGUCUCUCAAGCCACAGGUCCGUGAUGUUCCUUUGGAUAACAUAUAUCUGCACUAUGCUUCCAAUGCAACCCAGUGGAAAUUUGUGUAUCAAAGAAGGCUGGCCCUUGAAAGAGAGUUAGCAAAUGAUGCUCUGGAGAAUCAAGAGUCUGCUGAUAGUGGUGUUGAUGAUGUUGCUGGUAGUGAUGGUGAGAAGAUGGAUGCUGAUAGUGAGGAUGAAUAUAAGGUUGAGGAUGAUGAGGAUGCUGAUGCCCAGACUGAUAGCUCCAGUGAUGUGGAGAUGAGUGAGGAGGAUGAUGAUGGUACUGCUGGCUCUGAAGAUUAA